AGGUCGCGCGACGCGAGUCGGUCCCGGGCUCCCGACUCCGGUGGCGGUCAUUAGCCCUAAUUACAGGUUAUUCAUUAGCCUGCAACAGUUUGUUUACCUCCCAACUUCGCGACAAUUUCCCGCCCGAUGACUCCAUGGAGACUCUAACUAGGAUCCAACUUUCGCCCGAAAUAACCCCGUCUCGAGCCGCAGUGUCGAUAGCAUGUCCAUAAAAAAAAGAUCAGGACCCGUGCGACAACUGUCACUCCCUCAGGCGUCCCAGAGAAGCCUGCAAAAGCGAUCAUCUGUGGAACUCAACGACCGGAAAUUCGACAAGGACAACAACAACAACAACACCACCAAAAAAACCACCCCGCCGCCCAAAACCCCCGAACUCGGUACCCUUCUCAUAAGCGCCAGCUCCAUCAACAAACAAAAUGGCGACGCGGAGAAGAAAUCCCGCUCAAAAGAGCGCAUCACGACAGCGGGUCGCGGGAGGGGGCGCGGUAGGGGCACGUGGGGUCCGCCCCCACGGCCGCUCCGCCUGGCCUGGGGCGAGCGCGGUCAAAACAGUCAAAGCCAGGAGGGCUCCACUCCGGGCGUCCAGGUCGUCGCCGAGCGGUGUAAAGGUCUGUCGCGGCCGCAGACGGCUGGUCCGGUCGUUGCCCGCGAGAGCGCGCUGGGGUACAACCGGAACACGAUCCUCAUCUCCCGGAAGCAGUUUGCCGAGAGGAUCCGACAGGCGUGGCGCGACCGGGAGUUCACGAAGCAGAACCUGGAGAUCUACCUGGCCAGUCCCGGGAAUGCGGACGAUGUAAGUCCGCGCGUGGGCUACAAUGUCGUCGAAGUGCCCAGUCCGGCGAGCCCGUACUCGGUCAUCUCGACUGAGCUCAGAUCGGCCGAGAGCGAGCUGGAUGCCGCCCUCGGCUGGGACCCCGAGUUGGGCGCCAACGUGAUAACAGACUCCGAUGAUGAGGAUGAGAGAAAUAACCCCGUCUCGAGCCGCAGUGUCGAUAGCAUGUCCAUAAAAAAAAGAUCAGGACCCGUGCGACAACUAUCACUCCCUCAGGCGUCCCAGAGAAGCCUGCAAAAGCGAUCAUCGGUGGAACUCAACGACCGGAAAUUCGACAAAGACAACAACAACAACAACACCACCAAAAAGACCACACUGCCGCCCAAAACCCCCGAGCUCGGUACCCUUCUCAUAAGCGCCAGCUCCAUCACCAAACAAAAUGGCGACGCGGAGAAGAAAUCCCGCUCUAAAGAGCGCAUCACGACAGCGGGUCGCGGGAGGGGGCGCGGUAGGGGCACGUGGGGUCCCCCACGGCCGCUCCGCCUGGCCUGGGGCGAGCGCGGUCAAAACAGUCAAAGUCAGGAGAGUUCCGCUCCGGGCGUCCAGGUCGUCGCCGAGCGGUGUAAAGGCCUGUCGCGGCCACAGACGGCUGGUCCGGCUGUUGCCCGCGAGAGCGCGCUGGGUUACAACCGGAACACGAUCCUCAUCUCCCGGAAGCAGUUCGCCGAGAGGAUCCGACAGGCGUGGCGCGACCGGGAGUUCACGAAGCAGAACCUGGAGAUCUACCUGGCCAGUCCCGGGAAUGCAGACGAUGUGAGUCCACGCGUGGGCUUCAAUGUCGUCGAGGUGCCCAGUCCGGGGAGCCCGUACUCGGUCAUCUCGACUGAGCUCAGAUCGGCCGAGAGCGAGCUGGAUGCCGCCCUAGGGUGGGACCCCGAGUUGGGCGCCAACGUGAUAACAGACUCCGAUGAUGAGGAUGAGAGGAUCGUCCCUUUCUCGGAGCAAACCUCAAAGUACAAAGCGGAAACGCACCCUCCAAGCGGAAGUGGAACGCCCACAACCGGCUCCUCGAGCUUCGAGUCAACGGACAGCACCCCGCCGACGGCCGACGCAUGGGCCAACUCCCAGAGCCAGCUGCCGGCCUCGACGCGACGCCAGAACUUCCGCAACGCCUGUCAGAAGGCCAUCGACAAGACGCCCACCCAACCGCAAUCCGCGCGCCGAGCCAACCCCCCGCGGACGCCCAAGUGGGCGCCGCCCAGCCAGAGCCGCAGCUUCGAGGGCGCCGCGACCCCCGAGCAGGGCGCCUACCGCGGCUACGAGCGCAAUAUCAAGUCGGCGCCGCCGCCAAAACGACGCCUUAAGGCCGUCCGCCGCAAGCUCAAGCCCUUCUACGGGAACCUCUCGGCCAGCGAUGAUGAUAGUGGGGCCAAAGGUGGCCCUGGCGCCCUUACUAGGCGCCGCGCCCCUUUCUCCAACGGGCCGAAGGAGGUCGAGACUAUGAUCUCCCUGCUUAGCCCCACUGACAGCGAGACAGAGACUGAUGGACCUGAUCCGCUCGUUCUCUUGCAGUGUGCUUAA